AUGAUUGUGGGCCUCAUUCUCUUCUCCCUCCUCCUAUUGGUGGACGGUGAGGAACCGCCAUGUAUGUCCGCCAUCCCAGGACUCCCCGGGACUCCAGGAACGCCAGGCAGAGACGGGCGGGACGGCCUGAAAGGCGCCAAAGGAGAGAAAGGUCUGCCUGCGCACUUGAACGCGGCCGGACUGAAAGGGGAAAAAGGAAUGGAAGGCCCAAAAGGCCCAGUGGGGAAAAAUGGCCCUAAAGGACCCCCAGGGACCCCAGGAGAGAAAGGUGAGCGGGGCCCCCGAGGAGACAAUGGGAUGCCCGGGAACUUCAAGCGUCAGUAUCAGUCGGCGUUCACUGUGAAAAGAAACACGGGUGAAAACCCCGAGCAGAACGCUCCAAUCAAAUUCAAUGAUGUCAUCACCAACAUCGACAACGACUACAACAGGGAGACGGGCAAGUUUGUGUGCCGCGUGGCCGGGCUCUACUACUUUGUGUACCACGCCUCCCAGGCACAGAACCUGUGCGUCACCCUCCGCGUGGACAACAGCGUCAAGGCCAGCUUCUGCGACCACGUGUCCAAUACUCACCAAGUCACCUCGGGGGGCGUCCUCGUCCAGCUGAGGAAGGGGCAGGAGGUGUGGCUGGUCGCCAACGACUACAACGGCAUGGUGGGCAUCGAAAAUAAUGACAGCGUCUUCACCGGCUUCCUGGUCUUUCCAGGUUAA